ACAUUUUAAUGGACAUUUUAAUCUAGCUGGCUAGCACACUAGUUAAGGCUAUACCCAGAGCUACCAACUCUCACGGUUUCGCCGUGUGACACACGCUUUUGCAUGUUUUCACACGCUCUCACGCCACACAACCAAUAUCUCACGGCAAAAGAAAUUCUGAUUUUGGGCCGAGGCGCGUUGGUUUCUUUUCAAACUCCGCGACGAUAGAUGGCGCUAAGGAGCGCAUCUAUAAACCUAUUCGCUGCAUAGACAUCCUAUUUACCCCAAAGAGUCCCGAAGUUAACAACAGAAGAAGAUUUUCAAACAGACACAACGAGCAGAGACUACGGUGUGUUAAUGCAGGGCUCGCAAGUGUCACGCAUUGAGCGUGACAGCCACGCAUUUCGGUCUUACGUCACGCACUCCCGCCACACAUCGUAUUUCUCACGCUGAAAAAACUCGGCUAUUUAAUGUUUUAAUGUGCCGCAGCACGCAAACAUGAGCCGCGCUGCCCUCACCGUGGAGGAAUCAAGCGCUCCCCUGGAGUUCUGCUGUGAGGAGCCACUUAUCAGCCAAUAAAAUAAAAUAAAUGGGCUACACAAAAAAACCGUAUCUGUUGUAUCUGUAAGAUUUAAUCCAGCAACCAAUGAAAAUAAAGCAUCCUGGAUAGAUAUGUCACUCUUGCCUGUCUUCAAAACUUAAGAGCCCUGUUAAUGACAUGUGGUUCAAUUAAGUUCUCACUCUCUUAAACUUUAAAUCUUAAAAUAAUUCGUUGUGUUUGUGCAUGUGAUUUUGUGGUGAUGUAAACUCAGCUGUCAUAACAAGCAGCAGGAGAGCACCUUGUUAACCUCUUGGUAAACUGCAUGCUCAAAACAUCAGAGCAUUGUUUGUUUAAGUGUUUUAUCACUUUAUUUGUAGGCCUAGGAAAAGGACCCUCUCAAAAAAAUUCCAAACAGCUCUUUGAACAAGUAAGAUGUAUUAUAAAGAAUUUAACAUAAAGACAGGACAUUUGUGCAAUAGAAUUAGGCAUGUUUUUGUAAAUGAGAGUAGAGUUAUUAAUAAACAUUUUAAUUAUUUAAGGUAGCAAAGAUGCCUCGUAAAAGACCUUUGCCAGGCCAGAAUGCAGGGUACAACAUGGGUACAACGCCACAUUAAUUCAAAUGUCCUGAUAUUUGAGCCACCAACGUGUGUGGCUGCAUGCGCGGCAACAUUUUGGUCAGCCCCGACAAAAUCUCACUCCAAGGUUUUUUGAAAAGUUGGCAGCUCUGCUAUACCCAAGAACUGUUCGUGCUCCAGCUCUGUCAUCUUCAAUGUAUAAAGGUCGACGCAGUGAAGCAGACAUCGAAAAGAUGCUCCUCCUCAAGCCCCAGCACUCCCCCAAACAAAUGUCCACAUCCCGUCUUCCCAUCAACCAGUCCUCGGAUUCCAGAUGCAGUGGAAGGACAGUCAGAAACAGACAAACUAGCAAUGCAGACGGAAGACACGGAGGGACCUUCAAGUCCCACUGUCGACCCCACUGCACGGAGGAAGUCCUGGAGGAGAGCCACUUUAACCCGCCGCUCUCUCCCUGCCCUCCCCAACCCUUAUCAGGUUUUGUGCAGGAGCAUAAGUGCAUCCUUAUCACAGCAGGAGAGGCUUGAACAAUUGAUGGAAGCUUCAAUGAAGCUGGCAAUAGAAAGAACUCAAAGUUCGCUGCAGUCAGUGCCCAACGCCUCACUAGAUUCUUUUCAAAAACAAGUUGAGCAAAUGCAGAAGGAGUGGGGUUGUCUGACAAAAAGCAUACGCGAUGAACCAGGGGGUCAACUCCCUGCUAGAGCAGCCAGUUCUAGUGAUCCUGUAGUGCAAAAAGCCAUGGAAAGGGUCCAGAAAUCCAUAAAUAGUCUCCAGGCUGAAAGUGAGUCUUGGGAGGCACUGUUGAACAAACACCGGAGUAAAGCAGAGGAAUUGGAAAGGAAAGUGGAGCAGGGCCAGAAAGGAGGCGUGUCAUUAGACGCUACAUCUGUGGCCCAGUCCUCACAGUACCAUUUUAUACAGAGCAAACCUGACUACCACAGUAUCCUCUGUAGACAACAGCCCAUGCUUCACACUAUGGCAAUGAUUAUGGACACUCAGAGUAAGAUGGUUAGAGAGCUUCUGUCCAUCAAGGAGCAGUCACAGCUAUUGGUGAAAGAGACUAGUGGCCGAUUGGCGGCAAAGGCAGGAUUCCAGGAUAUUUUACCUGACCUCAUCAGGAACCUCAUUGCAGCACCGUUAUCCUCUGCAACUACAUAGUCACUCUGCCAGGAAGCAAUCACAAGCAACCAUCUACUGAUCCAUGACUUUGUGACGUGUCUAUGAUACCCAUAUAUUCUGAUAAUGUAGCUGUUAAGUGAUUUAAGAACAUAAUUUCCUGCUCAGUGUUUUCUUUUUUUUCUUUACACCUUUCAGUGGAUAGAGUAAGCUCUAAUUGCAUAUUUUUUGUGUCAAAUAAAACAACUUAAUCUGAAGCCGGACUGGUAAUGGAUCUAGUUCAGGUAAUCCAUGUGUUUGGCCAGCAGGUGGCAGUAGCUGGCUAUACAAUAUUAUGAGAAGUUUGGCGAAUGGCCAGUGGAUUUUUUUUUCUUCUGCUUUUAAUUAAGUGUAUUCCUACCUGUAAAACCUGAAACUGUUAUGCCCAGAUUUCCAGUUGUUGGGGAUAAAACAACUGAAAAAUGUUGCAGAAAACUUUGCUAACAACCUGCAAAACAAGGUGAUUGGUCAAUAUUCAUCAAAUAUACUGAAAGUCAUAUAUUUAUUUACCUUUCUGUAUUUUGUCUUUAAAAUGUAUUUUAAAUAUGAAGUCAUUGGAUGUAGUGACCUUCUUAAAUGGCCUGAUUACUACUAAUGCCUCAAAAGUGCAUAGAGUAGCUCAACCGUGAUGGUAAAAAUUGGUGUUAUUUUAAAAAGUAUAACCUGUGAGGAAAUCUGCCAUUUGUUUAACUACAACAGGAAAGCAUUCACUUUGAAGAUUGUUAAAAAAAGAAUGAUUACUCUG